AUGGCGCGCCCGAGAAAGGACGUCAAGUUCAACCACCAGGUCCGCAGCGCCAGCAACGGCAGGGCGCGGAGACCCUCGCAGAGCAUGUCCGAGUACAGCGACCCGGGCAGUCCGACUAUCAAAGAAGAGACGGCCCCUCCCGCCACCGAACAGCCCCCCCAGACCGAGUACGAGAAGAAGAAGGCCAACUUCAUAACGCGCACAACAUGGACCCUCGUCAUGAUUGCCGGCUUCUUCUGGGCCCUCGGCGCGGGUCAUCUCUUCAUAAUCAUCAUCGUCACGGCAGUCCAGGUCAUAUCCUUUAAGGAGGUCAUCGCAAUCGCAAAUGUGCCCAGCAAGGCCCGCAGCCUGCGCUUCACCAAGUCGCUGAAUUGGUACUUCCUCGGCACCGCCAUGUACUUCCUUUAUGGCGAGAGUGUCAUAUACUACUUCAAGCACGUCCUGAUGGUCGACCGUCUGCUGCUACCCCUGGCUACCCACCACCGGUUCAUCUCUUUCAUGCUUUACAUUAUUGGCUUCGUCUUCUUCGUCUUCUCGCUCCAGAAGGGCCACUACAAGUUCCAGUUCACCCAGUUUGCUUGGACGCAUAUGGCCCUCUUCCUCAUCGUUGGACAGGCGCACUUUGUCAUCAACAACAUCUUCGAGGGAUUUAUCUGGUUCAUUCUCCCCGUCUCCAUGGUCAUUACCAACGACAUCUUCGCUUACCUUUGCGGUAUUACGUUUGGACGGACACCCCUCAUUCAGAUCUCGCCCAAGAAGACAUGGGAGGGCUUCCUCGGCGCCUGGUUCUUCACUGUUAUCUGGGGUAUGCUCGUUGUCCACUUCCUCGGCGACUACAAGUACUUCAUCUGCCCUGUCAACGAUCUGGGCGCAAACAUCUGGUCCGGCCUCGAAUGCAGGCCAAACCCGGUCUUCAUCGCGCGCGACUACACCGUUCCAUUCCUUCCAGAGGGUCUCCCCAUUCCGCGAACUUUCAACAUCAUGCCAGUACAGUUCCACGUCAUCAUGCUCGGAACCUUUGCGUCUCUUAUCGCGCCCUUCGGCGGCUUCUUCGCUUCUGGUCUGAAGCGCACCUUCAAGAUCAAGGACUUUGGCGACUCUAUUCCCGGUCACGGCGGCAUGACUGACCGCAUGGACUGCCAGUUCAUCAUGGGCUCCAUUGCUUUCUUCUACUACUCAAGCUUCAUCGCCGUGCACCACACCACAGUCGGUGGGGUGAUUGAAGCAGCCAUCACCGGACUCACCUACGAGGAGCAAAUGGAGGUUGUCAAGAUCAUGAGCAAGCACUUGGUAAACCAGGAAGUGAUAUCACCAAAGGUACUAGAACUUCUUUCAGAGCAAGUGGUGAGGAGACUGCUACAGCGCAAUGCAUCGCGAAAAGAGGCCAUAGCCCACUGCGCCCGCCAACUGCGUACCUACCACGGCUCCAGCGCACCCUCCGCAGCAAACGACACCUUCUUCUCGCAGCCUGGGGCCGCUCUGAACGGCUUCCGGUCCUUUGCAGAAAAGCCUCGCACUCUCCCGUCGCACACAUCACGAGAUAGACCUCCGCUCGCCCAGCUCCCGACCUACAUCCUAUACGAACAUGUGCGGGCCGAGGGCGCCAAGGGAAACUUCGACGAAGUCAUGAACAUCUGCAGGGUGUUGAUCAAAGACAGAGGGGAGCUGCCGAACCGGGAGAUGUACACGGCCGUAUUACACAGCUUUGUCGACUCUGUCAAUGGCACGGCGGGGAAGGUCCGCAAGGUGUUGGAAGAGAUGGGCUUCUGGGACGAGACCGAUGGAUCUCUGACAGGAAAGCCAAGAAUCUUGCUGGAUGCGCGGGGCUGUGAAUGCGUGCUUGAGGUGCUCGCAGUGCACCCAGAUUACCUCCUCCGCACCGACAUCCUCGAAUACAUGAAGUCGCGAUGGUUCAUGCCAUCCGACCGUGCGCGCAACUUCAUCAUCGCCGGGAUGCUGCGCGAGCGACAUUUCGAACACGCACUCGAGUUGCUGGAGGAGAUGGUCAGGAACAAAGCACGGGUGGAGAGCUGGUUGUUUGACAAGGCUAUAUGGAUGUUGCUGGAGUUUGGCGAAGUCGAGGAAGCAUUCUACGUGCUGAGUCUCAAGGAGGGCGUGCACAGCAAGAGUAGCGGAACCGGUACCGUCCAGCUCAGUAUCGCUCUCUGGGGAGCGUUGCUAGAUGCCGCGGCGCACAAGCAGCUUUACGCAGAGACGAGCCUUGUAUGGAUCGCGCAAGUUCAGCCGGGCUAUCUGAAGCCUGGCACCGGCGCCUGCCUGCACGUACUCACUCUCGCCGCACGACACGGAGACAUCCAGCUCGCUACCGAUGUGUUUCGCGUCCUGACCGAACGAGGUACAACGUUUACCUCGCAACACUAUGAACUGCUCAUAUCCACAUACCUCAACGCCAACGACCUCCAAGCAGCUCUGUCUGUCAUCCUCAUCAUGGUUGAUUCGAACCUGAAGGUCAACGCUGGGACCUGUGAUCCUCUCUAUUGGUAUCUGUCCGCUAAAAAUCACGACGAUGACAGCAGACCGAUGCAAGCCUUCAGACAUCUGCAAGACUUUGAGACUUCUGGUCGUAAAGUCCCGGCCGCUGCUGUCAACGCAUGCAUCAAAGCCAGUAUCGCAAACAAGCGCCUGGAAGAAGGCAUCGAGAUUUACAAAGCCUUGCACACGGUAUCUCAUGCUGGCCCAAACACAGAGACGUUCAACAUCCUGUUUCAAGGCUGCCAUAGGUCCGCCCGCAAGGAGCUUGCCAUGUUCUUUGCGAACGAGAUGGUCAAGCUGGGUCUCAAACCUGACCGCAUUACGUACGAUCGUCUGAUCCUGGUGUGCCUAGAAUCGGGUGACCUGGAAGAUGCUCUGCUCUACUAUGAGGAGAUGCGGUCAACGGGCGCGACAACUGGCAAAAAGGGCCCAUUGAAGCCAAGAAGGAAAACGUGGGAGACGUUGAUCCAUAGGUGUGUCUUGAAGGGCGACGAGAGGGCUGUUGCGCUGUUGAAGGAUUACAAAGCUAGUGUGGAGGAACCGCGAAUCGCAGUGGAGCGAGCUGUCAUCGAUCGCUUCGAGUAUGGCAUCAUACCGACCCAUCUAGCGGAGAUCGGACGAGCGACACCCGAACAGACAGCCGACGCUGUCAAAGACCGACAUGGCAAGCCGGAGGCUGGUCAAACCCCAGACGCUGACUCGGAACUGUCGGAGGGACGAAGUGGGGCGGGGCCUGAAGGAACAAGCUCGAGUGCGAACACCGAGACGGGGACACAGAGAGCCGAAACUGUUGACGGGCUUUCACAGCUUAUGAGAGUUAGCAAAAGCACCAAGCAGUACUAG